AGGAGGAGGAGAAGGAGGAAGAGGAGGACCCAGACACGCGCGCUCACACACACGCACACACGCACAGUAUAUAAAGGAGGACGUAGGGAAACAGAAGAUUCAUUUAGGAGAGGAACGUCACAGCAAGAGGACCUCCCCGGCUCCUCCUCCUCCUCCUCCUCUUCGUCCUCCUCCUCCUCCUCCUCCACCACAGCACCACAGCUCCACCACAUGAGAUAAGCACCAGCACCACUAUGACUAACGUCAUCCGCGCACUGCUGCUGGGGUGGUGUUUUGUGGCAGGCACCCUCGCGGACUACCCACCUGCUUCCUACUCACCCACUCCUGCGCAGAAGCCGUACAAACCUGCUAUUGAGUAUGCUGGGCCGAUUGUGUACUCUGAUGAGAAGCCACCAAUCAUUCACUUCCCUCGUCCUCCAUUGCCAAAGGCUGGAGGAUACGGAGGCAAGGGCAGCGGCAAAUCUCAGCCUGUGAAAUAUGUCCCGCUGCCACACCACGAACUCCCGGUACUUAUUUACCAGUCCGAUUCCUCCCCUCCUAUUCACGUCGUGCACACCCCAGCGCCGGCCAUCAAAGCCCCUGUGAAGGCCUCCUACGGCCCACCACCCAAGGCUCCGUCCCCCAGCUACGGGCCGCCAAAAGCCCCAACGCCGUCGUACAGACCGCCCCCCAAGGCCCCAUCACCCAGCUACGGGCCGCCGCCGAAAGCCCCAUCACCCAGCUAUGGUCCACCACCCAAGGGUCCGCCCAAGGGGUCUUUUGGUCUACCCCUAAAGGCGCCACGUCCCAGCUACAGACCGCCACCCAAGGCCCCUAGACCCAGCUAUGGCCCGCCGCCAAAGGCCCCAUCUCCUUUGUACGGCCCACCCCCCAAGGCCCCAUCUCCUAGCUAUGGCCCAUCCCCCAAGGCCCCAUCCCCUAGCUAUGGCCCACCCCCCAAGGCCCCUAAGGCCCCUGCUCCGACAUAUGGCCCUCCCAAGCCCUCUUCUAUAGCUAAGGGACCUAUACCCAAAGCCCCAUCACCUUCUUACGGCCCCCCUCCUAAGGCCCCAUCACCUUCUUAUGGCCCCCCACCUAAGGCCCCAUCACCUUCUUAUGGCCCCCCACCUAAGGCCCCAUCACCUUCUUAUGGGCCCCCACCUAAGGCCCCAUCACCUUCUUAUGGGCCCCCUCCUAAGGCCCCAUCACCUUCUUAUGGGCCCCCUCCUAAGGCCCCAUCACCUUCUUAUGGCCCCCCACCUAAGGCCCCAUCACCUUCUUAUGGCCCCCCACCUAAGGCCCCAUCACCUUCUUACAGGCCCCCUCCUAAGGCCCCAUCACCCACUUACGGUCCUCCUAAGCCCCACAAGGCCCCCAGUCCCCAGUACGGGUCCUCAGCCAACACGGGUCCCAUUUACAUCAGCGCCCCGCCGCCACCCAGCCCCGUGUUGGUCCCCGCGCCGCAGCCCCAAUACGCUGACUCCGCAGCCCCGAAGCCCUCCUACGGUCCCCCGCCCAAACCUAAGCCUAGCUACCGCCCCCCAGCCCCACAGAAACCCCCCAAAGCCGCCUAUAGCCCCCCGCCCAAAGCCCCCAGCCCUUCAUACGCAGCCCCACCCAAAGCCACGCCCCAGAAAGCCCCUAAAGCUUAUGCCCCGCCCCCCAAGGCUCCAAAGGCAUAUGUACCCCCACCCAAGGCCCCCCCAGCCCCGACGUAUGGCCCCCCCAAGGCAGCCCCCCCCAAGCCCACCCCAGCCCCUCAUAUCAUCUAUGCCGGUCACCCCCCCAUACACGUGUACCAGCAGCCCCCAGUGUACCAGGUGACCAAGCCAGCCCCCGCCCCCCCAACCAAGGGCCUCCAUGUCGCCCCAGCAGCCCCCAAGCCCUCCUAUGGCCCACCUCCUAAGGCCAAGGCGCCGCGACCAACAUUAAAGGCACCGCGGCCCUCUUAUGGCCCGCCACCCAAGGCCCCAUCACCCUCCUAUGGCCCGCCACCUAAGGCCCCAUCACCCUCCUAUGGCCCGCCACCCAAGGCCCCAUCACCGAGUUAUGGCCCGCCACCCAAGGCCCCAUCACCCUCUUAUGGCCCGCCACCCAAGGCCCCAUCACCUUCUUAUGGCCCACCUCCCAAGGCCCCAUCACCCUCCUAUGGCCCGCCUCCUAAAGCCCCAUCACCCAGCUAUGGUCCACCUCCCAAGGCCCCAUCACCGAGUUAUGGCCCACCUCCCAAGGCACCAUCACCUAGGCCCAGCUACAGGCCACCACCUAAAGCCCCAUCACCCAGCUAUGGUCCACCUCCCAAGGCCCCAUCACCCAGCUAUGGUCCACCUCCCAAGGCCCCAUCACCCUCCUAUGGACCGCCACCUAAGGCCCCAUCACCCAGCUAUGGUCCACCUCCUAAGGCCCCUAAGCCUUCUUACGGUCCACCACCCAAGGCCCCAUCCCCCAGCUAUGGCCCGCCACCCAAGGCCCCAUCACCAAGCUAUGGCCCUCCACCCAAGGCCCCGUCACCUACAUAUGGCCCUCCAAAAGCCCACAAGGCCCCAUCACCCAGCUAUGGCCCACCUCCUAAGGCCCCAUCACCCAGCUAUGGCCCGCCCCCCAAAGCCCCCUCCCCCAGCUACGGGCCGCCCCCCAAGGCCCCGUCAGGGUAUGGGCGGCCAAAAGCGCCAAUCAAAGCCCCGCGGCCGUCCUUCAGCCUGCCGCCCAAGGGUCCCCGGCCCACCUACACGCCGCCCAAGGCCACCAAGCCCGAGCCCGUGUACCUGCCCGCGCCCAAGGCCUUCCACAAGCCGCCCAUCAUCAUCUACCAGGGCGUGAGGCCGCCCGUGCACGUGUACCAGAAGCCCGGCGGUAAGGCGCCCAGCAAGGCUCCCUCGCCGAGCUACGGGGCACCCAAGGCUCCGGCCACAGGGUACGGCGCCCCCAAGGAUGCCAGCACGUCCAGGGAGGCGUACGGGGCUCCCAAGAAUGAGGACAUCAUUGUGAAGAGCAGCGGUGGUGGUGGACACAGCAGCGGUGGUGGUGGGUACAGUAGUAGCAGUGGACACAGCAGCGGUGGACACAGCAGCGGUGGACACAGCAGUAGUGGACACAGCAGCGGUGGCCACAGCAGCGUUGGUGUGAGUGGUGGCGGGCACAGCAGCAGCAGCAGCGGCAAGGAGAUCUAUACAUCAGGCAGCGCCCUGACACAGGUGAAGGUGGCGGCGCCCAAGUCAGACACCCGCACCACCUCCACGUCUCCAACCUCCGUGUCGUCCCGCCCCACGCCAGGGUCCACGUCGGCGUCCUCCACGUUCGGCACGAAGGAGACGCCCAGCACCAAUGACGCCGCGGCCAGCACCACCAUCAAGCCCUCGCCGCAGGACCCCUCGGACACCGCCAAGUCCUCCCAGAGCGUGGACGACUGGGAGCCCUCCGUGGGGUACUCCGCUUACUCCGACGCCUCCCUCUCUGUCUCCAUCCCUCAGUCUGGCACCAAGACCUCCCUGGACGUCAGCGAGGCCAAGGUCUCAGCGUCAGUCUCCGUCAGCUCCUCCUCCUGAGCUGCACCACUGACCUUCCACCACACACCUCCACUGGCUCCACGCACUCCACACUGUCCCCACACACCGCUACACCACCACCGGGUCUCUACGCCCUCCGAACUGUAUCCACACGCCCCAUACACCCCCACAGCACCCAUCAGAAAGCCCUCUUCACUGUAUCCCCCCCCCCACACACACCAGGUUUUGUACUAGACUGUAUCCCACCCCCCCAGGACACCCCCUGCUGGUUCCAUGGGUCCCUUGACUGCAUCCACUACCCCAUACCCCGCUACCCCGUCACAAGGCAUAACUGCACCUCCAAGGGCAUAGCGUCAGGGCAUACCACGCACUCAAGCACACGUCUUAUUCCUCCUUGUUUAAUUUCCUGCUAUUGUUAUCACCCUUCCCCCAUUCCCUCCCAUUCAUAAUCACCCCCAUUCUCCCGAUAUUUAUUAAACCCUCAUCCCUGCCCACCCCAUCUCACUCAUACCUGUGACGUGUUUAAUUAAAUAUCCUUCAGACUUGUGGCAUUAAUUACAGGUUGUAUUUUGAUCCUUUUCUGUCGUUGGUCUAGUUCAUCAGAUGCUCUCUAUGUCUGUCUGUCUGUCUGUCUGUCUGUCUGUUUGUCCGUCUGUCUGUCUGUCUGUCUCUGUUCCCGUUGUAAUGAAAUGUUUGUUAUGAUGUCCUUUUAUAUGUAAUCUUGUUAAUAAAUUAGAUGAGUAAGUUAGUUGAUAAAUAAAUAAAUAAAUAAAUAAAUAAAUAAAUAAGAAA